CCUGCGGGAGCUGGAGUGUCUCCGUGGAGAAGUGGAUGCCGCAUGGGGCUCCUGCCUCCCCCGGGAUCCUAGCUACAGGGAGCCUCUGGGGACUCUGGGCCUGAGGAGCUGGGAGGCAUCCCACAGAGAGGAUCAUCAUGGCGUGUAAGAAGUGGUGCUCCAGCCGGCAGACCAAGUGGGCCCUCGUCGGCAGUGCCAGUGUGGUUCUGGUUUUCGCCUUUGGGAUGGUCCUGAGCUUCGUGCUACAGCAACGCACCCGGCCAGGCUGUGAGCAGGAAGCUGCCUGCCGCCCGGACGCAGACAUGCUGGACUACCUUCAGAGCCUCGGCCAGAUCAGCCAACGAGAUGGCCUGCUGGUCACCUGGUACCACGCUGCCAACAGCCAGAAGGAGAUGGGGGCUGCCCUAAGCAGCAACGCCAUGGUCCUGGAGGCAGACGUCACCGUAGAAGGACUCAACACGGUCAAUGAGACAGGAGUCCCCGUCAUGGCGCACCCCCCAGCCGUCUACAGCGACAACACCCUGCAGCAGUGGCUGGAGGCUGUGCUGGCUUCUUCACAGAAGGGCAUCAAACUGGAUUUCAAGAGCCUCAAGGCUGUGGGCCCCUCCCUGGCCCUCCUGCGGCGGCUCACAGAGGACGGGAGAGUCCGAAGACCUGUGUGGAUCAAUGCCGACAUCCUGAGGGGCCCCAAUGUGCCCAUCUCAAUCGAGGUCAAUGCCACACAGUUUCUGGCCUUGGUCCAGGAGAACUAUCCUGAGGCCACCCUGUCUCCGGGUUGGACCACCCUCUAUGUGCCCCUGUUCCCGAACAGAACAUACACCAGAGCCAUGGUGGAAAAGAUGCAGGGACUGGUGGGAGCACUGCCACAGAAGGUCACCUUCCCCGUGCGGGCUGUCAUGGUGCGGGCUGCCUGGCCCCACUUCAGCUGGCUGCUGGGCCAAUCUCAGAGGUACAGCCUGACGCUGUGGCAGGGCGCCUCGGACCCUGUGUCAGUGGACGAUCUCCUCUAUGUCCGAGACAACAGUGCCUCUCACCAAGUCUACUAUGACCUCUUUGAGCCUGUCCUGUCGCAGUUCAAGCAGCUGGCAGCGAAUGCCACGCGGAAGCGAAUUUACUACACGGGAGGCAGCCUGAUCCCUCUUCUCCAGCCCCCCGGGGGAGACGGUCUGAGCGUGGAGUGGCUGGUUCCUGACAUCCAGGGCAACGGGAGAACAGCAAUGGUUAGCCUCCCAGACAGAGAAGGCAUGAUCCUGCUGAACGUUAGCCUCCAGGAGCCUGCGGCCAAGGAGCCGGUGCCCAUCGUACGUGCCCCGGGAGGCCCCGCCCUGACACUGGAGUCCUGCCUGCUGCAGCUCGCUGGGCGUCCUGGACACUGGGGUGUCCAUCUGCACGUAGCAGAGCCCUCAGCCCUCCGGCCAGCCCUGGCCAUGCUGGCCCAUCUCUCCACACUCGGCCACCUGCCUCGGCCUGUGUGGAUCGGGGCCACAGUCUCCCAUGGCAGUUUUGCAGUCCCUGGCCACCUGGACGGCCAGGAGUUGCUUACGGCUGUGGCUGAGAUCUUCCCCCAUGUGACAGUGGCACCGGGUUGGCCCGUGGAGGCGCUGGGCAGCGGCUACAGGGAACAGCUGCUUGAAGAUAUGCUGGAGCUGUGCCGGGCUCUCUGGCAGCCUGUGUCCUUCCAGCUGCACGCAGGACUGCUGGGCCAGAACACGGCUGGAGUCGUGGCCAGGCUGCUGGCCGCCUCCCCCAGGGCCACUGUCACGGUGGAGCAGAGCCCUCUGGGGGGCAACUACGCAUCCGUGCGGGCAGCGCUGCUGGCGGCCAGGGCUAUGGACAAGACCCGAAUCUACUACAGGCUGCCCCGGAGCUACCGUGAAGACUUGCUGGCGGACGUUGGCAGGAACUGA